AUGGCUCUUGUCAAGUUGACUGUUGCACUUCUUCUUUUGGCCGUUGCUGCCGAAUCCCGCAAAAUCACCAUCUACAACAAAUGUCCAUUCACCAUUUGGCCAGGAAUUCUCGGACCCGGAAAUCCAUCCGGAGGAGGUUUCAGAUUGGAUGCCGGACAAUCCAGAGAUAUUAACGUAGAUGAUGCAUGGACCGCUGGACGCGUUUGGGCAAGAACUGGAUGUGAUGGAAACUUCAACUGCGAGACUGGAUUCUGCAGAAAUUCUGAGCAAUGUAAUGGAGCAGGAGGAGUCCCACCGGCAUCUCUCGCUGAAUUCACCUUGAAGGCGUGGGGAGGACAAGACUUCUAUGAUGUUUCUUUAGUCGACGGAUACAACCUUCCAGUUCUGAUUGACCCACAUGGUGGAUCUGGAUGCAAACGUGCCGGUGGAUGUGUCAAGGAUAUCAACUCUGAGUGCCCAGCUGCUCUUUCUGUGAAGGGACACAACGGAAACACUGUUGCCUGUAAAUCUGGAUGUCUCGGAUACAACACCGACCAAGAAUGCUGCCGUGGAGCAUACGGAACUCCAGACAAAUGCCAUCGUUCGGCCACUGCUCAGAUGUUCAAGGAUGCUUGCCCAACUGCUUACUCCUACGCCUACGAUGAUUCUUCCUCAACAUUCACAUGCCAAGCAACAGCAUCUUACACUGUUCAGUUCUGCUAA